AUUCAAUGUCCUUCCCACUGUGAUCAUCUAAGGCAUCAAACGAAAGAGACUUAAGCCCUCAAAACAUAUCUGGUUUUCCAAUGGCUUCAUCAGGUGGAGAAAUACCGGGACUAGUGCCGGAGAAAGGAGAGCCAAUUCCGCCGGGGAAGCUGAUGUCGACGGAGCAGCGGUUUCUGGAUAAAGGUGCUCAGAUGAUGCAGUCUCUCAAGCCUGUCAACGAGAUCAAGCAGCACGUCUGCACCUUCGCUUUGUACAGCCAAGAUCUCACUCGCCAGAUUGAGACUCACCAUUACCUCACCCGCCUCAACCAGGAUUUCAUCCAGUGUGCCGUUUAUGAUACCGACGACUCCCACGGUCGUCUCAUCGGGGUUGAAUACAUAAUAACAGACCGUAUAUUUGAAACACUACCGCCUGACGAGCAGAAGCUUUGGCACUCCCAUGCAUAUGAGAUCAAAUCAGGCCUUUGGGUGAAUCCUCAGGUCCCAGAGCUGGUUCUAAAGCCUGAACUUGAAAAUCUCACCAAAACUUAUGGUAAAUUUUGGUGCACCUGGCAAGUUGAUAGAGGUGAUAGGCUUCCUCUAGGUCCACCUUCAUUGAUGAUGUCCCCACAACCUGUGAACUUGGGCAAGGUAAGGCCACACUUAGUUGAGAAGAGGGAUUACAAGUACAAGAUCUCAAUUGAUGAUCUAAAGAUGUCAAGAGUGGAGAUUGAAGAACCAGAAUGGAUCAAUCCACAAGCAGACAACUGGAAACAGCAUGGAAAGGGCUUUGUUAUCUUGGUUGAGCCAAUUGAAAUGAAGAAGAUGGCACCUUUUCCGUGAAAAGGUGGCUAACAUGGAGAAAAAAUGGACUUUGGACUCCUACAACAGUAUAAACAUGUAGUAUUAUAAUAUCUGCUUAUUAAUUUAAUCAAAAAUGAUCC